GGUCUAGCGCUACAUAAAAAAUAAAAAAGUUUUUAUUAAAUUUCUGUGAAUAUUUGUAUUAAAUAAUGUUGAAAAAUGGCAGCGAUUUCAGCAGUACAAGAGAACCACUCCGUUACAUGGGAACAUCAAGACCUUGCCCAGGUAAAAAUAAAAGUACUUCGUGGUCAUUUAGACAGUGUGAAUUCCUGUCAGUUCUUUGAGAACGAUAGCCGUGUAUUAUCGUCUUCAAAUGAUCAAACAGUUCGAAUUUGGGCAACAGAGUCAGGAAAGCAACUAAACACUUAUGAUGGACACACAUCAUUUGUGACAAACUGCCAUGCAGAUGACUGGAAUAAGAGAAUGGUGUCCGGAGGUUGGGACAAACAAAUGCUUGUAAGAGACAUUGCCACUGGACAAAUCUUGUGGCAGGCAAGUCAUGAGGGAGUAAUAACAAGUUGUAAUUACUCAAAUGAUGGUAAAUACAUUGUAAGCGGUGGUGAUAUGGAAUACUCUAUUAGUAUAUGGGAUGCUAAAGAUGGUAUACUCAUUAAAAAGCUAAAAUAUAAUACGAACACCAUCACAAGCUGCAAGUUCUCCCAAAGGCAGCACCGUGUAACUGUAACAUCCAUGGAUAGAACAACCAGGGUGAUUGAUAUGUGUAUGUACCAGGAUGAAUAUACAGCCAGUUUAACACUUAGAGGACAUGGAAAUGUGAUAUCUGAUGCAUCGUUUUCCAAUGAUGAAAGAAUACUGGCAACAGCUUCAUGGGACAAAAAUAUUCAGCUAUGGGAUGUCUCAUCAGGAACAUACAGAAAGACAGGGCCAGUCACACUCAAAAAAGGUCAUGAGGGUUCGGUCAGUUCUUGCAGUUUCAGUACAGAUGACAUGAUGUUAGUAUCAUCGUCAUUCGAUCAAAACCUUGUUGUUUGGGAUGUCCCAAAUUCUGUGCAAAAAUUCUCACUUAAAGGCCACAAUGGUUGGGUUAAUGAUGCUUCAUUCAGUAAAGAUCAAAGAUGGGUUCUUUCAUGUUCACAGGAUAAAACUAUCCGACUAUGGAACAUUGAAAACCUUGAUGAUCUGCCAGUUGUUUUAGAGCACAAGAAAAACAUUGGACUAAGAAUAAUUGAGUGUCAAAAAUGCAAAAAGCAAUUUUCCAUCACUCAAGUUGAUAAUGCUGAGAGGAAGAAACUUUGUGUGUUUUGCAGACUUGAUACUCGUACACUACCAUGAGCUCAAGAGCACACUGGAAUG